AUACUAAGCGUUGGAUAUUAUCUGAUAAAAUAACUAGUUUGCCAUAUGGUCAUUGGUGUAUACAAGCAUAUAAAAAUUUUGUAUCAAAUAGAAUAUCUCCAGAGUUAGCUGAACAAAGAGCUUUAAGGGUUAAGCUCUCAAAGAA